UUCCCCCGUUACCCCCCCCCGCCGCAAUGCUGCUGGGCGCCUUCACGACGCUGCUGGGGGCGCUGCUGGUGCUGAGCCGCAGCCCGAUGUUCUCCUGCCUGCUCACGGGCGGCCUCUACCUGGCGCUGCGGCUCUUCAGCCUGGAGCCGGUCUCCCUGCAGCGGGCCCAGCACAUUGUGCAGCCCCGCGGCUCCGCCGCCCGCAUCGCCCACCGCGGCGGCGGGCACGACGCGCCCGAGAACACGCUGGCGGCCAUCAGACAGGCCGCUGAGAAUGGAGCCACAGGCGUGGAGCUGGACCUUGAAUUCACUGCAGAUGGCAUUCCCAUUCUAAUGCAUGAUGAUACAGUAGAAAGGACAACUGAUGGGUCUGGGAGUUUACGUGAUUUUACGUUUGAAGAAAUUAGGAAGCUUAAUCCAUCUGCAAAACAUAGACUAUGGAGAGAUUUCCGGGGUGAAAAAGUACCAACUUUGAAAGAAGCCGUUAUGGAAUGUAUGCAUUAUAACCUCAUAAUCUACUUCGAUGUCAAAGGCCAUGCAAAUCAGGCCGUUGAUGCCCUAAAACUCCUCUAUCUGGAAUAUCCUCGUUUGUACAACAGUAGCAUUGUCUGCUCUUUCAUACCAGAGAUUGUCUAUAAGAUGAGGCAAUCUGACCGGAAUGUUGUUACAGCAUUAACACACAGGCCCUGGAGCCUUAGUCAUUUUGGAGAUGGGAAGCCUCGUUUUGAUUGCUUUUGGAAGCACUAUGGGUAUAUGAUGAUGGACAUCAUUAUGGACUGGAGCCUGCACAACUUCUUGUGGUAUCUGUGUGGGGUUUCAGCUUUCCUCAUGCAGAAAAAUUACAUUUCACAAGAGUAUGUGAGGCAGUGGUCUUCACGAGGAGUUCAAGUGGUUGGCUGGACAGUGAACACAGUUACAGAAAAAAUGUACUAUGAGACCAUCCUUGAGACCAGCUACAUCACAGACAGCUUGGUGGAGGACUGUGAUCCUCACUAUUAGACUUACACUGUAUGGGACUCUGAAAUAUGCCAUCCUGGUUCAUGCAGAUCUGAGUUCAGCACCAGAGGGUCCAAAGAUGCAGAAUGAGGCUGCAUACAUAAGUUGGGUUUUUUGCUUGUACUGUAUGAUGGGAUCUUAAAUCACAGCAAACCCCUCAGUCACACUACUAGGCUGAGCCACAAUCAGCAUUAGUGCUGGGGAGAAAUGUUGCGUGCGUCUGCUAUCAGAAAUUGCUGUAUGGUCUAAAAAGAUCAGUUUUGAUCAACUGAUCUGGUAACUAG